UAAACGUAGUGCGAGUCAGGAACAGGCAGUUGAAAACAGGUUUGGCUCUUGGACACCUAGUGUUUGAUUCUAAUUGUUUAAGUCUUACUGGGUGACUCCUACAAGUGUUGGUAGAAAAUGAGAGCUGUACUUUCACUCCUGUUUAUAACAAUUCUGAUGUUACACACAGAUCUUGUUACUUGCCAAACCACAAAUUUAAUAAAGUCUUUCACUGUUAAUGGAGCGUCACAGGUCAUAAUCACAGAAGGCAGUCUGAUUAAGUUUGAGGCAACGAAACUGGACAACGUGUCCAACCCAGUUUGGACAAUUCGGGCAGCGUCAUCAGGCCAAUAUAUUUUCGGUGGUUCUGGAUUUACAGUUAUUUCACAAUCAGUCAGUAACAGCGUAGCAGCAACAUCUUCGAUGAAUGGUACUGUAGAAUGUCAGGCUAAAGUUGGCAACGAUGUGGAUAUUAAGACUGUCCUUGUCAUUGUGACAAAGCUAAAGUCGGGCGACGCUGGUAAUGACGCAACUAGCCAAACAGUCGAACGGUCCACCGUAUUCUUGACCAUCUUCUUGGCUUAUUGGGCAAUGAAACGGCUUUAAUCAUGUGUAGACACCUAUUAGUAAUUCAAGAUUUAAAAGAUGUACAAGUCUUGUUAAUAACAACUUGAAAUAUAAUCUGAUAUCUUAAAAAGAUACUGUUUACAUGUUUUUAAGAACCGGUUACAUAUUUCUUAAAGAACUGGUUAGAUUUUUUAAGAACCAGAUAGAUGAUGCUUUUUAUAGAACUGUUUAAAUGUUUUUAAGAAAUGGUUGGAAGUUCUUUUAAAGAACUGGUUAGAUUUUGUAAAAAAAAAUAUGGUUGAAUGUUUUUAAGAACUGUAUAAAUGUCUUUUAAAAGUGUUUAUAUGUUGUCUGUUUGAAGUACUUAUUUUUAUGCAAUGUGUUUUGUUACAUUAAAAAAAAAAUAAUCGAACUUUUAUAUUUCAUUGUUUUCUGUGCUUUUAUUGUAUAAGCGGUCUGUAUGUUUAUAUCAUGAUAAACUACUGUAUGUUUACAUCAAGAUAUUCUACUGUAUGUUUACAUAAAGAUAUUCUACUGUAUGUUUGCAUCAAGAUAAAAUACUGUAUGUUUACAUCAAGAUAAAAUACUGUAUGUUUAUAUCAAGAUAAAAUACUGUAUGUUUAUAUCAAGAUAAAAUACUGUUUUUUAUAUCAAGAUAAACUACUGUAUUUUUAUAGCCAGAUAAAAUACUGUAUGUUUAUAUCAAGAUAAACUACUGUAUUUUUAUAUCAAGAUAAACUACUGUAUGUUUACAUCAAGAUAAACUACUGUAUGUUUACAUCAAGAUAAACUACUGUAUGUUUACAUCAAGAUAAAAUACUGUAUGUUAACAUCAAGAUAAAAUACUGUAUGUUUAUAUCAAGAUAAAAUACUGUUUUUUAUAUCAAGAUAAACUACUGUAUUUUUAUAGCCAGAUAAAAUACUGUAUGUUUAUAUCAAGAUAAACUACUGUAUUUUUAUAUCAAGAUAAACUACUGUAUGUUUACAUCAAGAUAAACUACUGUAUGUUUACAUCAAGAUAAACUACUGUAUGUUUACAUCAAGAUAAAAUACUGUAUGUUUACAUCAAGAUAAAAUACUGUAUGUUUAUAUCAAGAUAAAAUACUGUUUUUUAUAUCAAGAUAAACUACUGUAUUUUUAUAGCCAGAUAAAAUACUGUAUGUUUAUAUCAAGAUAAACUACUGUAUUUUUAUAUCAAGAUAAACUACUGUAUGUUUACAUCAAGAUAAACUACUGUAUGUUUACAUCAAGAUAAACUACUGUAUGUUUACAUCAAGAUAAAAUACUGUAUGUUUACAUCAAGAUAAAAUACUGUAUGUUUAUAUCAAGAUAAAAUACUGUUUUUUAUAUCAAGAUAAACUACUGUAUUUUUAUAGCCAGAUAAAAUACUGUAUGUUUAUAUCAAGAUAAACUACUGUAUUUUUAUAUCAAGAUAAACUACUGUAUGUUUACAUCAAGAUAAACUACUGUAUGUUUACAUCAAGAUAAACUACUGUAUGUUUACAUCAAGAUAAAAUACUGUAUGUUUACAUCAAGAUAAAAUACUGUAUGUUUACAUCAAGAUAAAAUACUGUAUGUUUACAUGAAAAUUAAAAUACUGUAUGUUUACAUCAAGAUAAAAUACUGUAUGUUUACAUCAAGAUAAAAUACUGUAUGUUUACAUCAAGAUAAAAUACUGUAUGUUUACAUCAAGAUAAAAUACUGUAUGUUUACAUGAAAAUUAAAAUACUGUAUGUUUACAUCAAGAUAAAAUACUGUAUGUUUACAUCAAGAUAAACUACUGUAUGUUUACAUCAAGAUAAAAUACUGUAUGUUUACAUCAAGAUAAACUACUGUAUGUUUACAUCAAGAUAAAAUACUGUAUGUUUACAUCAAGAUAAAAUACUGUAUGUUUACAUCAAGAUAAAAUACUGUAUGUUUACAUGAAAAUUAAAAUACUGUAUGUUUACAUCAAGAUAAAAUACUGUAUGUUUACAUCAAAAUAUUCUACUGUAUUUUUAUAUCAAGAUAAACUACUGUAUGUUUACAUCAAGAUAAACUACUGUAUGUUUACAUCAAGAUAAACUACUGUAUGUUUAUAUCAAGAUAAACUACUGUAUGUUUACAUCAAGAUAUUCUACUGUAUGUUUACAUCAAGAUAAACUACUGUAUGUUUAUAUCAAGAUAAACUACUGUAUGUUUACAUCAAGAUAAACUACUGUAUGUUUACAUCAAGAUAAACUACUGUAUGUUUACAUCAAGAUAAAAUACUGUAUGUUUACAUCAAGAUAAAAUACUGUAUGUGUACAUCAAGAUAAAAUACUGUAUGUUUACAUGAAAAUUAAAAUACUGUAUGUUUACAUCAAGAUAAAAUACUGUAUGUUUACAUCAAGAUAAAAUACUGUAUGUUUACAUCAAGAUAAAAUACUGUAUGUUUACAUGAAAAUUAAAAUACUGUAUGUUUACAUCAAGAUAAAAUACUGUAUGUUUACAUCAAGAUAAAAUACUGUAUGUUUACAUCAAGAUAAACUACUGUAUGUUUACAUCAAGAUAAAAUACUGUAUGUUUACAUCAAGAUAAAAUACUGUAUGUUUACAUCAAGAUAAAAUACUGUAUGUUUACAUGAAAAUUAAAAUACUGUAUGUUUACAUCAA